AUGGCCAGCUGCAGGCAAGGCCGCCGCCUCCUGCUGCUGCUGCUGCUGCUGCUGACUGCCCACCCUGGACCCUUGAAGGCUCAGCAUUGGUCCCAUGGCUGGUACCCUGGAGGGAAGCGAGCCUCCAUUUCACCCUGGGGCCUCCAGCGGGCCCCUGGACUCCCAGACAGCCCAAGCCAGACUGCCCGCAGCCUGCACCACGAUGCCCUGGCUUCCGCCGAGGACAGCGUGCCCUGGGAGAGCAGACCUGUGGCCCAGCAGCCACUCCAUGGGAAGCAGCACCUGGUGCAGAACCUGUUGCCUGAGACCAUUCCCCAUGUUGGCGCUGGCGGAACGCGGGUCUGGCCCGCCAGCAGGAGGGACGACCGGGCAGGGAGGGCCCAACUAGAGCCCAAGGGGAGCUGCCCGUAG